AUGGUUGCGAGAAUAUCGAAAAAUAAGAAAAACGAUCAUCAAUCUAUCGACGACAAAUCAAAAUAUAAUGUUGAUUGUGACAAUGAAGAAAAUGAAUUAUUGCCUGAAUAUUCGUGUACUGUAAAUCAUUCAGGAUUUGUACUGAUCAAGAAAGAGUUUACACGUAAAGGAUUAAAAGCAACAAAAAGAUCAUGGCAAAGAAGAUAUUUAUAUUUAUGGGGAACUUUUUUACGUAUUUAUGCACAUGAACCAGACAACAUCAACAUUGCAAAACCUCUAAAUCGAUUUAGCAUGCAAGACGCACAAGUAGAGUUGGCAAUUGAUUAUCCAAAGCGCAAGCACGUUCUAAGGAUAAAGUUCAAGACAGGUCAUCAAUAUUUAAUUCAGGCAGACGACAAAGAAGAAUGUGUCUCGUGGAUAGAGAGGUUGCAAUCUUCCUGUAACAUUUCAUCCACUAUCGAUGAAAGACAAAUGCCAAUGUUUAUCACUUUGCCAACAAGAAGAAGAAAUAACGGUGGAAAUAUUAGUAGUGGCGUUGAUGUCACCAAUAUUAUUCAUAAUGAUGGAUAUGAUAACUAUAGUACAUCAUUAGCAUCAACAUCUUUAUCUUAUCAACGAUUUAACGAGAUCGCAAGAGAAAUACAACAAGUUCAAAUAACCAAUUCUUCAAUAAAUUAUCAACUAUCGUGGUGA